UAAACACCCAUUUGAAAUAUUUUUUUGGAAAUUCUUCAGAGAGGUCGCCAUGGGAAGCUUGAAGCUCCCACAGUCAAUAAGCAGAAGCAAUGGCGGGAACGCUCUCUUCCCACUUCCCACUUCGCCCUUAUUACCGAAACCCACCUCCCCUCCUCACCAGCAUCGCUCCUUCGCGCUUUGCAAAGGCUUCAUUACAGGAAAAACCAUGAAGCUAUUUACACCCAAUAUCUUGCCCUUCGGAUCCCAAGUGUUGAAAGGAGAAUGGGGCUUGCAGUUUAGCAGAAGAAGUACAUCAGCAUCUGUACAGCCUGUGACAGAACAACUGAAGGUGGAUGAGUCCAAUGAUCCCCUCGUGAGUGGUGAUUCCAUUCGCCGUCGGUUUCUUGAUUUUUAUGCCUCCCGUGGCCAUAAGGUUCUUCCAAGUGCUUCUCUUGUACCGGAUGAUCCGACCGUUCUCUUGACAAUUGCUGGAAUGCUUCAAUUCAAACCUAUAUUUCUUGGGAAGGUUCCUAGACAAGUACCUCGAGCUACUACUGCACAAAGGUGCAUACGUACAAACGAUGUGGACAAUGUAGGCCGAACAACACGGCAUCAAACAUUUUUUGAGAUGCUUGGAAACUUCAGCUUUGGUGAUUACUUCAAGAAGGAAGCAAUUACAUGGGCAUGGGAACUUUCAACUGUAGAAUAUGGGUUACCAGCUGACAGAUUAUGGGUGAGUGUUUAUGAAGAUGAUGAUGAAGCUUUUGCAAUCUGGCAUGAUGAGGUGGGUGUACCUGUAGAGCGCAUAAAGAGAAUGGGUGAAGAUGACAACUUUUGGACUAGUGGAGUAACUGGUCCGUGUGGUCCUUGUUCAGAGCUCUAUUAUGAUUUCCACCCUGAGAGGGGAUAUGCAAAUGUUGAUUUGGGUGAUGAUUCGAGGUUUAUAGAGUUCUACAAUCUGGUUUUCAUGCAAUACAAUAAAAAAGACGAUGGUUCACUUGAGCCCUUAAAACAAAAGAACAUAGAUACUGGACUUGGCCUGGAGCGUAUGGCUCGAAUACUUCAGAAGGUUCCAAACAAUUACGAGACUGACUUGAUCUAUCCAAUUAUAGAAAGGGCCGCAAAAUUGGCAAAUGUGUCAUAUGAGCUUGCUGAUGAUCGUUCAAGAAUGAAUCUUAAGAUUUUAGGCGAUCAUUUGCGUGCAAUUGUUUAUCUCAUAUCAGAUGGGGUUGCUCCAUCAAAUAUUGGGAGAGGGUAUGUAGUUCGGCGGCUCAUUAGAAGGGCUGUUCGUACUGGCAGGUUGCUAGGUAUAUACGGUGAUGGGAGGGGAAAUCUUGAAGGAGCGUUUUUACCAGAAAUUGCAGAAGAAGUAAUAGAAAUGAGCACCCAUGUUGAUGUGGAUGUAAAGGGCAGAGCACCCCGCAUUCUUGAAGAGUUGAAAAGGGAAGAACUUCGGUUUGUACAAACAUUGGAGAGAGGAGAAAAGUUGCUUGACCAAAUGUUGGCUGACGCAUUAGUAAGUGCCCAAGAGAAUAAAACAGCUCCUUGCUUAUCUGGCAAAGAUGCAUUUCUCUUAUAUGAUACUUACGGGUUUCCCGUGGAAAUAACAACAGAAGUGGCCGAAGAAAAUGGCGUAAGCAUAGAUAUGGCUGGUUUUGAUGUUGAAAUGGAAAAGCAGAGACGACAAUCUCAAGCUGCACAUAAUGCUGUUAAGCUUCAGGUUGAAAAUAGUGCAGAUGUCACAGAACGAGUUCCUGAUACCGAGUUUCUUGGUUAUGAAACUCUUUCUGCUCUAGCCAUCGUGGAAAGCCUUCUGGUGAAUGGAAAAUCAGUGAUUCAGGUUGCUGAAGGAAGUGACGUUGAGGUCCUGCUCAACAGAACUCCAUUUUAUGCGGAAUCAGGUGGUCAAAUUGGAGAUAAUGGUUAUCUAUAUGUGACUGAAGGUGAAAGCCAACAGACUGCAGUAAUCGAGAUAAAAGAUGUCCAAAAAUCUCCAGGCAGCAUUUUUGUGCAUAAGGGUGUUAUCAAAGAAGGCGUUUUAGAGGUUGGCAAAGAAGUAGAAGCAUCUGUAGAUGCAAAUCUGCGGCAACGGGCAAAGGUUCACCACACGGCUACUCAUUUGCUACAAUCUGCAUUAAAGAGAGUUAUAGGACAGGAAACAUCCCAAGCAGGUUCAUUAGUGGCUUUUGAUCGUCUCAGAUUUGAUUUCAACUUCCAUCGACCACUCCUCGACAGAGAGCUCAUGGAAAUUGAAAGGUUAAUAAACGGAUGGAUCGGGGAUGCAACGCUUCUUCAGACUAAAGUAAUGCCUCUUGCUGAUGCAAAAAGAGCAGGAGCUAUUGCCAUGUUUGGGGAAAAAUAUGGAGAGGAGGUACGCGUUGUAGAGGUUCCAGGUGUCUCCAUGGAACUUUGUGGUGGUACCCAUGUUAGCAACACUGCCGAAAUACGUGGCUUCAAAAUAAUCUCUGAACAGGGCAUUGCAUCUGGAGUCAGGCGUAUAGAAGCUGUAGCAGGUGAAGCUUUCAUUGAAUAUGUCAAUUCCAGAGAUUACCAUAUGAAACAGCUAUGCUCCACUCUCAAAGUGAAAGCUGAAGAAGUGACGACCAGAGUAGAAAAUCUAUUAGACGAGUUACGAACUGCCAGAAAUGAGGUUUCUGCUUUGCAAGAAAAAGCAGCAGUUUACAAGGCCUCAAUUUUAGCAAGCAAGGUGUUUUCAGUAGGAACUUCGAAGGAAAUUAGGGUCCUGGUCGAGAGCAUGGAGGAUACUGAUGCCGAUGCACUGAAAAGUGCAGCCGAGUAUCUGAUCAGUACACUUGAAGAUCCAGCAGCUGUAGUACUGGGUUCAUGUCCAGGUGAGGGAAAGGUCAGCUUAGUAGCUGCAUUCACUCCGGGAGUUGUGGAGUUGGGAAUACAAGCUGGCAAGUUCAUAGGACCUGUUGCUAAGUUGUGUGGCGGGGGAGGUGGCGGCAGGCCGAACUUCGCUCAGGCAGGUGGAAGGAAGCCCGAAAACUUAUCAAACGCACUCGAAAAGGCUCGAUCAGAGCUCGUCUCAGUUCUCUCUGAAAAGGCAAGCUAAUGCGUGGAAACUUUGAAGCUCGCAAGAACAACAAUGCUUUUCUCUUGGAAGCUCCAAAAUAUUUUUCUUUAUGGAAAAAAGGCGAAACUAUACAUAUUUUUUCCCUUUAUACAGAAAUGGAAAUAACUUGUGAGAUUCUUGAUUAUCCAAGCUUACCAAGCUAAUCCACCUGUUAAACUCCAUCUUGUAAAAGCUUCUAGCUAGGUCCUACAGCAUUUGAAACAACAAUUUUGUGUAAUGAAUGGCAUUAAAUGUAAUUGAACCCAAGCAGAGUUCCGGCCGGGGCAUUGCAAUUCCGGUUUGUGUUUCCGGCGGGUUACGCCGGGAAAUGGAUUUGGACGAAGCGUGUGUGCACGCGCUUCGGACUGGAAGCCUGGGGUCAUAUAUGA